CUCCCUGAGCCACAUUGUAUGGUUAUAUAUAUAAAACUUCUAAAGGAUGUCUCGUUUGACAUAGUUAUACCUUACCAAUUUUAAAUACAAAAGUAAAUGUAUGCGCUGAUUUAGUGACAACAUAGGUCUGGCAAUAGCUAUAACGUUAGGCAGCUGUCAUAAUGCACUUUGGCCGUCACUUGUCUGUUGUGGGUGAGUUGAGUUGUCCACUCUGCAAGAACAUAUUUGAAUGCAAGAUCAUGACUGAAGAGGCUUUUGAUGUGAUGGUGGUUGGCUCCUGUAUGACUGACUUGGUGAGCCAGGCACCAAGGCUACCCAAAGCCGGGGAAACCAUCCAUGGUCACAAGUUCUUCAUUGGCUUUGGAGGGAAAGGGGCCAACCAGUGCAUACAGGCUGCAAGACUGGGGGCCAAAACCGCUAUGGUCUGCAAGGUUGGUAAAGACUUCUUUGGAGACAAUUACAUUCAGAAUUUCAAGGACCAUGGUGUACACACAGACUUUGUAGGGCAGACCUCUGACGCAGCCACAGGAGCUGCCUCCAUCAUUGUCAACAAUGCAGGUGAGAAUGCCAUUGUGAUCGUGGCUGGUGCCAACAUGCUGCUGGGCAGUGAGGAGCUGCAGAAAGCUCUUCCAGCCAUCAGUCAUGCAAAAGUUCUGGUGUGCCAGCUGGAGGUCAGCCCGCAGACAUCCUUGCAGGCACUACGCAUGGCUCAGGAGAACAAAGUGAAGACAAUAUUCAACCCAGCGCCGGCCAUUCCUGACUUGGAUAAAGAUUUCUACAGAGCCUCUGAUGUGUUUUGCUGUAAUGAGUCUGAGGCUGAGCUGCUGACUGGUUCCUCAGUGACUGGUGUGGAGGAAGCACAUGAGGCCGGUCAGGAGCUGCUAAAGAGAGGCUGUGGGUCAGUCAUCAUCACUUUGGGACCCCAAGGGUGUGUGGUUCUCAAGGCACAGGAGCCUGCAUCAACGAAACAUGUUCAAACUGCUGCAGUCACAACAGUGGACACUACAGGUGCUGGAGACAGCUUUAUUGGAGCACUGGCAUUUUACAUGGCUCAUUAUCCCACAAUGCCUCUGGAGGAGAUGGCCCGCAGAGCCAAUCAGGUAGCAGGAGUGAGUGUGCAGGCUGUUGGCACGCAGACGUCUUACCCCUUCAAAAAGGACCUACCAGCUGAAAUGUUCUGAGAGCAGCAAAUCGACAAGUAGACGCCAGUAUUAAUGGACCGAGGCUGGAAUGGUCUUAAUGACCUGUGGACACGACUGUCACAUGAAAUCAGCAGCUUUUGAGAAAUCCGAGAAUGAACGUUAUGAAACUACUGAUAACGAUUUAACCAAUGUUCUUUCAAUACAAAGCUGUUCAUGACUUCAAUUUGACCGUCAAUAUAACAUUUAUUUGAAUAGUGCCUAUGUGAUGACAUCUACUUGCAGACAAUCUCAAUCAUUUGAACCAGUUUAAUUAUUGACAAACAUCUUAACGCUUAGCUUGUACUGCACAUAACUGACUUACAUUUAAUUAGCCCAAACAGAUAACUUUUCACAAAUGGUUUCAUUACAUGUACCGGGUUUAUUUAUGAAGUUGCAAAACACUUGACUGCCAAAUCAAAGACACUGUAUAGCCCAAUGAAUAGCAUCUCUUUUACACGAGUCGUAGUGUCUUGUUAAAAAUGUUGUCAUAACUUUCUUGAUGCUCAGCCGUGGGUUUGCAUCCUGCUGAACUGGUGCAGUGGGGAAAGUAGAGGCAUUUUGACAGAUCCCAGAAGAAAUCCUCUGACAUGUCAGCCAGCCAAAUGUACGAAAUGUUGACUGACGAAACACCUUGUAUAAUCCACGACAAUAAAAA